AUGACGGAAUCUACAACUACAGUUGAAAAAUCAAUAGACCAAGAAACACCAAUAAAUCAAAACCCAAUUCAAUUUAUCUCAUUAAUUUCAAGAACUGAUAAACCAUUAUAUAUUCAAGCUUUUAAUAUUGAUGAUUUACCAUCUAGUACAAAUGAUUCAACAAUAGAUAAAAAUAAAAUAACAACAACUAAUUCAAAUGCAAAUAAAUUUCUUAAAUUUAAUUUCUUAAGUCAUAUGGCUUUAGAUAUAUUUGCUAGUCCUUCAUCAUUAAGCUUACGUGAACAACAACAACAACAACAAGUACAAAAUAAAGGAGAUCUUAAUACUGUACUUUUAUUUAUUCAAGAUCAAGUUAUGGUUUAUGGAUAUGAAACUAAUAAUGGAUUAAAAAUCGUUGUUGGAUUAGAUCAAAAUUAUCAAAUAAAUCAUAAAAAUUUAGAUAAAUUAUUCUUGGAUAUUCAUAAAUGUUAUUUACGUACAAUAUUUAAUCCAUUAAAUGGAAUAAUUAAUAAUUCUCCUAUAAAUACUUUUGAUCAUGUUGAUGAAGGUGAAAUAUUAUUACAAUCUUCUACAUUUGAUAAAAAUAUCAAAAAAUUAGUCAAUUCUUUUAUAUAA